CCCGCCCCCCAUGGUUCUGCGCACGCGCGGGGGCCAUAUUAGCAGCGGGUACUCGGGUAGUGGUAGUGGUUAUCGUCCCGCGGAGUAAAGCGCUCGGUGUGGUUCUUGACUCUUCAUUGUCUUCACUCGGGAAUUAUAUAAAAAUCAGGAAACAUGUCUCGAAGAUAUGACUCCAGGACCACUAUAUUUUCUCCAGAAGGUCGCUUGUAUCAAGUUGAAUAUGCCAUGGAAGCUAUCGGACAUGCAGGCACCUGUCUGGGAAUUUUAGCAAAUGAUGGGGUUUUGCUUGCAGCAGAGAGACGGAAUAUCCACAAGCUUCUUGAUGAAGUCUUUUUUUCCGAAAAAAUUUAUAAACUCAAUGAGGACAUGGCUUGCAGUGUGGCUGGUAUAACUUCUGACGCUAAUGUUCUGACGAAUGAACUGAGGCUCAUUGCUCAAAGGUAUUUAUUACAAUAUCAGGAGCCAAUUCCUUGUGAGCAGCUGGUUACAGCGCUGUGUGAUAUCAAGCAAGCUUAUACACAGUUUGGAGGAAAACGUCCCUUUGGUGUUUCAUUGCUGUACAUUGGCUGGGAUAAACACUAUGGCUUUCAGCUAUAUCAGAGUGACCCUAGUGGGAAUUAUGGGGGAUGGAAAGCCACAUGCAUUGGAAAUAACAGUGCCGCAGCUGUGUCAAUGUUAAAGCAAGACUACAAAGAAGGAGAAAUGACUUUGAAGUCAGCACUUGCUUUAGCUAUCAAGGUGCUAAAUAAGACCAUGGAUGUUAGUAAACUUUCUGCUGAAAAAGUGGAAAUUGCCACCCUAACAAGAGAGAAUGGAAAGACACUAAUUAGAGUCCUCAAACAAAAGGAAGUGGAACAAUUGAUCAAAAAACAUGAAGAAGAAGAGGCUAAAGCCGAGCGUGAGAAGAAAGAAAAAGAACAGAAAGAAAAGGAUAAAUAGAAGACAAAAUCAGGGAUUUUAGAGCUCAUUUUGGAUACCAUUUCAGGGUAAAAGCUGUCCUGAUCAUUCCCACUGAGAAAGCUUUGACUGUUUUAACUUGUGCAGUGAGGAACUAGGACAUUACCUAUUGAAUUGGGUCCUUGUCAUUUCUGUUCAAUUGAAUACUUUAUUGUAAUGAUGAUGAUUGCUCUUCAUGGACCUCUUACAAUAUUUUUUUUUUUGAAUAAAACUUGGAAGAAGGGAAAAGGUGUAUUUACUGUA